CUUUCGGCUUCCGUCAACGUCGCGUAAGCGCUUGACGUCAGCAUAACAACAAUCUGUCAUGACAGCUCGUAUGGGGAAAAAACAUCGAUAAAGAUUUGAUAUCAAGUCAUAUAAAAUCGGUCUCACCUGGAUGUAAGAUUCCUUCUGUAAGGAGGGACAGGGCAGUCUUGAACCUGUCAGUUUAGCCAGCCGAAGAGACGGGGAACAGGAUAGGGAAGCAGGGCGAGGCGGGCCCCGCGGAGCCGGUGGAGAAGAUGGCCGGCAGCCCGGAGAAGAGUUCCACCGCGCAGGAGCUGAAGGAGCAGGGGAACCGGCUGUUCCUCUGCCGCAAGUACCAGGAGGCUGCUACAUGCUACAGUAAAGCUAUUAACCGUAAUCCAUCUGUGGCAGUGUACUACACAAACAGGGCUCUCUGCCAUGUGAAGCUGCAGCAGCAUGACAAGGCUCUGGCAGAUUGUAAGCAUGCACUGGAGCUGGACAGCCAGUCAGUCAAGGCCCACUUCUUCUUGGGCCAGUGUCACCUGGAGCUGGAGAACUACGAUGAGGCCAUAGGCAACCUGCAGAAAGCUUAUAACCUGGCAAAAGAACAGAGGCUGAAUUUUGGAGAUGACAUCCCCAGCGCCUUGCGCAUUGCCAAGAAAAAACGUUGGAAUAGCAUUGAGGAGAAGCGCAUAAACCAAGAGAACGAGUUACACGCCUAUCUGACCAAACUCAUACUGGCUGAGAAGGAAAGAGAACUAGAAGAAUACAAAGAGAAACAGGACGACAAUCAAAAUGGAGGCGAUGCUGCCAAGAUUGCAUCAAAACAUGACAAGUAUCUAAUGGACAUGGAUGAGCUCUUCUCUCAAGUGGAUGAGAAGAGAAAAAAGCGGGAGAUCCCAGAUUACCUGUGCGGGAAGAUCAGUUUUGAGCUCAUGAGGGAGCCUUGCAUCACACCCAGUGGAAUCACCUAUGAUCGCAAGGACAUUGAAGAGCACCUACAGCGAGUGGGUCAUUUUGACCCAGUCACCAGGAGUCCCCUGACCCAGGACCAGCUGAUCCCGAACCUGGCCAUGAAGGAGGUGAUCGAUGCCUUUAUCCAGGAAAACGGCUGGGUGGAGGACUACUGAAGGGACCCCCCCUCUCCCCCCUCAAUCUCCCAUUUCUCAAUCAGACCCCGACACUCAACACAAAGCCUGGAUAACACAAGACUGUAGAGAACAGAUCACCCCUUGCCGGGAUUUGUACUUUACACAAGUGGGAAAAGCCACACUAUGGACUACCAAAUGGGAGCCAUGUAUCUCGGUCUGCCUCUUCCUCCUCACAUUUUAUCUUUGCUGUAAAACUUCCCGCUCCAAACUUCUGAGGCUCGGCAUUCAAGGCCUGCUGCUCCCUUUAAAAACUCCCUGAAUCUGCUCUUUCUAUACUUUCUCUCUUCCUCUUCCUUUCAGUCAUGCUGAUACUAGUUUUUCAAGCCUGACUCCUUUCUUUACUCAAAAUAAGGGGCCACGUUCUCAGGUCUCUCUCUUGCUCCCUCUCUCUCUCUCUCUCUCUCUCUCUCUCUCUCUCUCUCUCUCUCUCUCUCUCUCUCUCUCUCUCUCUCUCUCUCUCUCUCUCUCUCUCUCUCUCUCUCUCUCUCUUUCUCUUUCUCUGAGUGCCACAAUCCUUGGAGAGCAUCAGCAUUGCAAUCCAGUGUUUCACAGAAACCACAGAUAUAAAAAAAAAAAUACACAUGGUGGUUGACUUAAUUAAGACAUUGGCCUUUUAUUUGGCAUUUACUCCAGUAUUUCUUUUUCUGUUAUUCAUUAAACAUUGGAGCAUUUGCCCAUAUGUACAUUUGCUGCUGAAGAUGAACCUAAAAUGCCAAACAAACAAUUCUCAACGAGGGUGAGCAGUUUGUAUACAGGUUUUUACAUGAUGAUAAUUAAAAAAUAGUUGUAGGGAACCAAGUCCCAUCUCCACCUCCAGGUGGCGCUCCAAACGUAGACACCCACACCAUACUGUAAAAUUUUGAGUAGAUGUUAGUGGUUUUUUUUCCUUUGCAUAUCAAUCACACCCCAUUACAGACAAUUGAAAUCAGUUGAAUGUAUGCAUAAUGUACUCUUUAGGUUCAGGCUUGACCUACUGUAAUUCAAAAUGUUUUUUAUCAGGACAAUACAAGGUUUUCAUGAACCGCGGCCUUGAACCAGAUACAGAAAAUGAAUGCAAACGACUGCUGCAUACGAAAAAAAAAGUUUCACAUUGCUGGAUAUAAAUUGGAAAUGUUAGAAUUUUGAUAGAUGAUAGCUGUUCGGGUUGAUGCUCAAACCUGCUUUGAAGAAUGGUCUGUGUUGUCAGUGUUGGUCAUAGAAACAAAAAUGCGCUUGGACAUUGUGUUUGGCUCGUGCUGUUUGCCUGGAAUGACGGUGGAUGCUCCCGUCGAGCAUGAAGUAAGUUUUCUUUUCCUGUUGCCAAGGAAAGAAGUUGGUUGACAUUUUCCCUCACAGUUUUGCUGUUAAUUUUACGCACCUACUCCUCACAGAGUUUUGAAGAAAAUGGUUGCACGAGCGUAUGUAAACCAAUCGUUGGCGUGAAACUAACUCCAGGUUUAAGCGGUGUCUUGUUACAGGGGUUGGAGGUUCACAAGCAUCGCUGUACCAACCUCCUCUGUGUUUGAAAUGCUGGAAGAGUUACGACCAUCUUAUCUCAUCCAUACCUCAGUCCCAAGUAUUUGCGUGCUGGUUCACUGGCAUUCCCUGUAAAACACAUUUUCAGUUCAGCGCUACUAGUUUACAUGUUUUCAGCUGAAUGUGUGUCUGUGGUGAAGUGGGCCUGUCGGUGGUUCGUGUCAGGGGUGCAGGCAGUGUAAAUAAUUUGCUUGUGUAUCUCAGAUUUUAUUUCUUGACAAAAUUAGGGUUCUUUUUUUCUUGAGAAAUCCUAGAGCUUGAGAAUCUGUAUUAAAUGUAGAUAUGUUAAUAACAUAAAUGCUUGGUUCAGUUUUCAUUUGUCCCCAUUAAACCAUGAACUUUGA